AUUUACACAACUUACGUAAAAUUUUCUAAAAUGCUUCAAAUUUCUACUAUUAAAUAAUUAAAAUAUGUAAUAAUUUAUUAUGCCGAGGUUUCCAUAUCUUUUCGGCAAAUAUUUACGCUUCAACGGAAAGGGACAAUGUAGAGGAUUUAAGAAGAACCAGAUAAUUCAUCCCAUCCCCGUCAAAGCCUAUGGCAGACCUCCUUCAGCCUCCUCUCAAACCGGACUGUACCAUGACGAGGACUAUAACUAUUACACUAAAGUAUCCUAUUCCCUGAAAAAGACCAGAAUUAAGCUUAAACCGUUGGUUUUCAAGAAAGACUUUGAAUCUAAACUUUUAAAUACCACAGUUCCAAACGUUAGGGUUACCACUUCAGCAUUACAUGCGAUAACGAGUAGUGGAGGAUUUGAUAAUUAUAUUUUAAAUACUUUCCCGGAACAACUAAGAUCGCAAAUGGGCGAACAAAUGAGAAAUGUCAUGUACUUUUAUAAAUCCAAUCCAAGUAUAAUGAGACUGGGGCUUCCUUGGAAAGUGUAUUACUCAGAAAACAGCCGUAAGGACCCUGUUUAUGCCUAUUAUAAACACUUGACUGGCAAAUACAAGUCUGAAGAACUCAAAUUUUUGGAAUCUAAAAAAUAUUCACCAUUCUAUCUACCACCUGAACAAAAUGUGAUGGUUGAGAGGCAACCAUUUGCAAGCGGAGAGGAGGGAAUGAAGUUGAAUUUGUGGUGGAAAAAUAACCCUCAAGAAUUCAGAAACCGACUCGGUGAGGCAAGAAUGUUUGAUAGGAAUGGCGUGGAUUUGAAUUUGAUGAAUUGCUUCAGAACAGGUGAAGGACGCGGCGGAGGUGGACCUCAUGGGAAAAGCCUUAGAAAACGCUCGAAAACCUUUAGAUUCAACAUCACUAGACCAUACUAAUAUUAUACAUACAUAAUAU